AAAGCUUGAACCUCCCCGGCUUCCGUACAGCAAAGCUUGAACCUCCCCGGCUUCCGUACAGCAAACCUGUAACCUCCCCGGCUUCCGUACAGCCCAGCUUGAACCUCCCCGGCUUCCGUACAGCCAGGCUUGAACCUUCCCAACUUCCGUACAGCAAGAAAAUAACCUCCCCGGCUUCCGUACCAGUAAAGACAGCUUUCCGGCCACUGUACUACAAUUCCCGGCAUCCCUUGCCAGUGAGCGUAGCCACCCGGCCGCCGUAAUGGGGAUCUUCAUGUAUUGUCGCCGAUAAAAGCUCCUGGAGACUAAUCCGGUAACCGAUCGACCGAAAUGGGGACCCACUGGGAGGGAACAACCAGGGGCCAGGUGGCUUCUUCACUGGAUCCAUCAGAGGCCGGGGCUGUUCCAAUGUUAUCAGACGACUUACAGGCAAAACCAGAGCUGCUGGUUGAAUUUGUACAAAAUGCGUCAAUUCCACUUGUAGAAGAACUUGUGGAAAAUGAUCCCAAAGAUUUGCCAUGUCUGUCUCCCCUCCCUGAAACCGAUACGUCCCCGGGUGCUUCACUGCUAUUAUCAGAUACCCCGGUGGUUCAAGAGAUGCCAGCAAAGAGCCCAGGUUCCGUUAUGUUAAACAGCCUUCAGGUGGACAUUGACACCCGGGUGGAGAAACACCGUGCCCUUCUUUCACCCACUGCACCUUCAACGCUACUUCAAGAUCUACCCGCUAGUGAUAACUCCUCUUUUAUUCUCCUAAACCUGGCCAGAGCAGGGUUAGGAUCUCCGUCCGAGCACUUGGUUUUUGUUCAUGAUGAUGUUGAGGAUUCUGGGAAUGAUUUCCUUUCCAAUGACUGCACUGACAGUAACACACCAUGGUUCCUUCGUGUUCAAGAGUUGGCACAUGAUAGUUUAAUUGCUGCUACUCGGGCACAGUUGGCAAAGAAUGCGAAGACUAACUGCAAUGGGGAGAUCACUCUGAGCAUGUCCCCUGAUGCAGACCUAAGAUCAUCCCUCACAGACCCACAUUUAACUCACUCGGAGAAGCGACUGCACUGUUCCUUUAAUGGCUGUGACCGAUCCUUCGUAUGGGCAACACACCUGAAAUAUCACCUGAAAACACAUAGGAACGAUCGUUCGUUCUCUUGUCCGGCUGAAGGCUGUGGAAAAAGCUUCUAUGUUCUCCAAAGGCUAAAAGUUCACAUGCGCACCCACAAUGGCGAGCGUCCUUUCCUGUGUCCUCAACAUGGCUGUGGGAAGCGAUUCACCACUGCUGGCAACCUGAAAAACCACACCAGGAUCCACACAGGGGAGAAACCUUACCUUUGUGAGGCUGACGGCUGUGGACGGUCUUUUGCUGAAUAUUCAAGUCUUCGAAAACACAUGGUGGUCCAUUCAGGAAUAAAGUCCCAUCAAUGUUCGGUUUGUGGGAAGACCUUCUCUCAGAGUGGAAGCAGAAAUGCACACGUUAGAAAACAUCAUCCGCAAAGCUCUGCAGAUGAAAAUAGUUCAGCUGAUCUUGGCCAAGACCCUCUGCAGCACACACCUCUGAUUUCUGGUGCUACUCGAACUCGCACAUAUGAAGAAGAUGUGUCUAUAUUGUUGAAUUAGUGACUGGGUAUCUGCACUUGGCUGGACAAUGUUGAUAAAAGCAAUUUUAGGAGCACAGAGGCAGACCUAUUCAGAAUCGAAACAAAGGAGGUUUAAGUGAAUAUGUGUAAAGAACAUGUUGUAUGGCUUGUUUGGGUGAGCUCAUGCACAGUGGUAUCUAUUACUGCAAAACUUCACACUCUGCUCCAUGGGGGCAGGCCAGGGGCUGUGCAUUCUACUUAUGCGGGCAGGCCAGAACCUGUGAGGUGCACUCUGUACCUUGAAGGCAGACCAGAGGCUGGGCUGUGCGCCCUGCUCUGUGGGGGCGGGCCAGAGGCUGUGCGCCCUGCUCUGUGGGGGCGGGAAAGAGGCUGUGCGCCCUGCUCUGUGGGGGCGGGAAAGAGGCUGUGCGCCCUGCUCUGUGGGGGCGGGCCAGAGGCUGUGUGCUCUGCUCCAGGGGAGCCAUGGGCUUUGAGUCCACCUUUACUUGUUUUCUGUAUAUGUUCUCAUUCAGCAGGAUUGCCUUGAUUACUAUUAAGCUCUUUAGUCAAAUGGUGCAUCAGAGUAAGCAAUGAUUUCACCUAUACUUCAACUGUUAACACAUCUUUGUAUUCCUUUUAGGAAAAAGUACAGAUUAACAGAGGUAAACUGCUUAUAUGACAAAAUAGAAGUGAAGUUUAAUGUAAAACUUUUUUCAUUAGCCAAAUAAAGCAGAGCUGCUGCCUCCUCCUCACGAGGACAGCUACUUAUUGCCAUUCCCCUUGUCUGACUUAUUUGUGGAAAUCUGUCAGUCAUGAACUUUGCACUUUCAUUCAUCUAAUUAGCUUUUUGUUCUCAGUUGAUUUCUAUUUGUCAUAUAAGCAGUUAAAUAGAAAAAUAUUUAUGUUCCAUUUAAAUAGGUAUUUGAAAAGGAUAUGACUGUAGGUGUUUGCACAGCUGCACAAUAAACAAUUUUCACAGCA